AGCAAUAGUUGUCAUUGCGUGAAGAUGCCUGUCUUCGUGCAAACGUACCUACUCGCCAAACAUCAACUCUAUCAUACAUACAUAAACAUUCACACAUCACACCUGACUCCAUUAUUACAACAUACGCAUCUAUAAAACAUACGUUCCUUUUAUAAAUUUUAAAUAUAAUUUAAGUAAAUAAAUAUUUUAAAUGCCUAAAUAAAUUUAAAUAAAUAUUGACGUCAAAAUUAAUUAACAUUUAAAAGUGCUCUGGUAAAUAAAUAAAUUCAAUUAAUUAUUUAGGAAUAUUCAGUGUAUUAUUCCGUUUAAUUGAAUUGUCUGUAUUGCUUGUAAAUAAGUACCUACCUACCUUUGGUCUAAAAAUAUAAUUAAUUAAAAUAAAAUUGUGGAGUGCAAGUGUGUAUCUACUACUAGUGAUCAGUGAAGGAUUUGAACUUUGUUAUUAGAUGAUAAGAAGCAGUCGUCAUGGGGAUUAUCACUAACAGAAGAGUCAAUCCACUAAUUGCCAGUCGAAAAAAGAUCCUGGCAUUGGCGACCUUAGGAAUGAUAUGUCUGAUGAUGCCAGUAAUCAUGAAGAUCGUAGAUCCCGUACAAGUCAUAGCUAGAUAUAGAACCCGAGUCGCUAUAGACUCUCCAGUCCACGAACUUCUGAAGCAGGAGUUGGAAGCCGUCCACAUGUCAGCUUACCUGUUCAACGUCACCAACGCUGAGCGUUUCAUGUCGGGCGAAGACCAGAAACUGAAGGUCGAGGAGGUCGGGCCCUUUACUUAUAGGGAGCUCCGUUCGAAUGAGGACCUGGAGAUAGACACAGAUGAAGGCGUGGUGCGCUACUCUCCGAAGAUCACGCCCGUCUUCUCGCCUGAGGAGUCCAUCGCUGAUCCUCACAAUGUCACCGUGGCCCUGCCUAAUAUUGCACUGUUGACGAUGGUAUCAAUGAUGAGCGAAUACCCAUUCCUGUCGCGCAUGGGCUUCAACAUGCUGACCAUGCAGCUCGGGACCAAGGCCUUAGUGACCAUGUCCGCCCACGACUACCUGUGGGGGUACAACGAGUCGCUCAUAACCGUGGGGAACACCUUUAUGCCAGGAUGGAUCAGCUUUGAUACCAUGGGGUUGAUGGACAGGCUGUACGACAAGAACGUCCCAUACCGGCUGGAGGUGGGCGCGACCAACGCAGACAAGUUCCAAAUCAAGACCCUCAACAAGCUGGGCGGCCUCAGAAUGUGGGGAUACGAGGAUCCCAGCCUACGAACCAAAUGCAACAGCUUCGAAAACGCCUACGAAGGUAUUGGCUACCCAACCGACCUCUCCCCGUCUACCCCUGUCAGGAUCUUCCGUAACGUCCUCUGCCGCAUGCUGGAGCUGGACUUCCACCACACCAUGACCAUGGAGUACGGGGCUCAGGCACUGGUGUACAAGAUCAGCAAUAGGACCUUUGCCAACGGGUGUGACAAGAACUGCACCUGUAUGAAGGGGAUCUGUAUUGAGGGGCUCUCCGAUAUCUCGCCUUGUUUCUAUAAUCUUCCACUGGCAGUUUCCAAUGCGCACUUCCUGUAUGGAGGACCCGAGUUGUUUGAGCGCAUUGAGGGUCUGCAGCCGGAUGAGGAGAAACAUGGCAGUGAGUUCUUCAUUGAACCUAAAGUCGGUGCUGUCCUGAAGACAUCAUUUUCCAUCCAAGUGAACAUAGUUCUCGGAGACGUGCGCUACAACGAACAGGCGAGGAGGUUUGCUGACAUGGCGCUGCCAGUGGGGUAUUUUAAAAUUGUGCAGCCAGAUCUGCCGGAGCUCAACAAAGCUGAGAUGAGGAUGCUCUACAUCACUGGCCCGUACAUCGCGCUGGGUCUUCAGGUAGCAUUCUCCCUCGUCGGUGUCAUACUUCUGGUGUUCGCGAUGCGACUGCUCUACUGGAAUUGGAUAUGCUCGGAAGGUCGAGGAAUCGCCUUCCAAAUCCCUGAUGAAGGAAAGAAGGUCCCUAUUUUAAGCGUUGAGUCCCCGUUGAUGAGAACGGAAAGCUAUUUAGGAUAACGAAGGGUUUUGGGAAGAAAGUGGUGAAAUAUAGACUCUGCGAGUCAGAAAUUUAUUUUGGGAUCUUGCAAUAGGAUCAAUCGCUAUUGAGGGCGUUGAUCUGUAAAACUGUUGUCUCUUUCUAAUAGGGCACUUUAGAAAAAAUACUAUGUUAGCUACACUUAACACUAAUAGAUCUAGUUUGAGAACUCAUAAUUGACACAAAUGAACUAUUUGUAAUAAUGCGGUAAAGGUGUAGGUUACAAGGCGACAAGUGUCGCGGGGUUCGCUAAUCUGAUUAUCGACUUGAUAAAUGUACAUAGAGAUAGCUGCGUAAAAUUGAUUAUAUUAACAAUCCCCGCGAUAUUCGUCGCCUCUGUUUUAAUAGCACGCACCGUGCCGCGAGGGCUGGUAUUUUAACAGUCAAUUUGAGACAAGUAAAUAAGUGUAAAUUAUUGGACUGUUUUGGAUGAGGUGUUUGGUGUAACAUGUUUCUAUUUUUUUAAAUGACAACUAUGAUUAUAGUGUAUACUUACUGUAUAGUUUUAAUUAUAACGGGUGAUACUAGUUUAGUUUAAGGUGUACGGUCACGAGCAUUAAUAUGUAUACACUUUGGUACCAUAUCACAUUAACUUUUUUGACAAAUUGAACUGUAAGUCUCACUAAAUGUCAAAUAUGUUAGUGCGACAGAGUCCUAAAGUACCCAACAUUAUAUUGCUCUUGACUGUACAACAAAAGGACAGAUCAAAACAUUGUAUUUUUAUUACAUUUAAUAGUGAGUUAUUAUAAUAGUUCUGUAUGCAUGACAUGACGAGCUCGGUGGCGCAGCGGUUAACGCGCUCGGUCUGCAAAAGUUGCUUUACUUCAACAAUCGCAGUAAAGCAACUUUUGCAGAGGCCGGUCAUAGGAUGGGUGACCACAAAAAAAGUUUUCAUCUCGAGCUCCUCCGUGCUUCGGAAGGCACGUUAAGCCGUUGGUCCCGGCUGCAUUAGCAGUCGUUAAUAACCAUCAAUUCGCACUGGGCCCACGUGAUGGUUUAAGGCCCGAUCUCCCUAUCCAUCCAUAGGGAAGGCUCGUGCCCGCCCCAGCAGUGGGGACGUUAAUGGGCUGAUGAUGAUGAUGCAUGGCAUACACUGGGGGAUAAAAGCUUGUCUACAUCUACUUGGAAAGUACCUUUUUAUUUUUAAAAAGCGAGCAAAAUAUGCACUUACUAUCCCAUUAUUUUAUACUUUACUAUUAACUUAUUUUUUCUCAUUUGAAAAAGCCCUUAAUUUAUAACGGUAACUGGGAAAUUUCCUAGAGGUAACACCAGAGCUUGUAAACUUAUAUAAGAUGGGUAUGGUUAAUUGCACUAUUAUUUCUUGGCUAAAUCAUCGUCUUGCGACUAAUAUUCUAUUUUUACUUAUAUGUAUCAUUGUAUGUACGUAUAUAUUUAUAGUAAUAUAUAAUUAAUUAAUUAAUUUAUUUAUUUUUCUCUUAUUUUAUUUUACGUUUUUGCGCGCUACACUGCAGCUGUACAAGUGUACUAUAUCCUCUGCCGAAGGUUGUCUGGAAGAGAUCGCUCUUAGUGAUAAGGCCGCCUUUGCCCACCUUAGAAUAAGUUUAUCCUGUAAAUGUUUUGUGAAUUUCUUUGCAUUACAUUGUUUUUAUUAUAAUUAUUAUUAUGGGUCGUAGAACCACUGCAUUAGAGAAUCACCCUGAAGAUCAGGGGGGUUAAAAUGGCCACAUCGACGCAAUUCAGCUAAGAAAGCAAUAUUGCUAUUUGACAUUUGUUUGCAUUUCGCACUUACUUUUACAUGCGCAAAUGUCAAAUUGCAAUAUUGCUUUCUUAGAUUAAUUGCUUCGAUGUGGCCAUUUUAACCCCCCAGAUGUUAAUUAUUUAUGCUAUUUUGAUGUGAUACUGUUGGUUGUGGAAUAAAUACAUUUUGAUUUGUGAACUAUUUAUUAAAGUUACAAAUAAACUGCUUGUAAAACAAGAAUGGUUGUAUGAAUUAGCUAUGUUGAGGAAAAUAAAGAAUAUUUUUUAGAGCUGUUAUUGAGUCGAAUUCAUGUUUCCGUGCUCAGCGGUGAAGGAAAACAUCGUGAGGAAACCCACAUUCCCGAGAGAAAUGCAUUUUCGGAGGUAUGUGACCUAACCUGUAUUGGGCUGGUUUUCCCUUCGCUGGUUGGAAGGUCAGACAGGCAGUCGCUUCUGUAAAAAACCGGUCCUGUCAAAUCUUCGGGUUAGGUAAGCGGACUCUGUGAAAAACGGGAUAAUGCUAGGGAGAUAAUGAUGAUGGAGUUUUUUAUGGACUUGAAAAAGUUGUGUAAAAAUUAAAUUAAUAUAUUUUGGAAAUCAA